GCCGCUCGGUCUGAUCUGAGGCUCCCGGAGGCUGCCCUGGGGCUGGGGCAACGGGAGCGGGAAGCCGCGAGAGGAGGCCGGUCCGAGGCUCGCCAGCUGCGUCCGGGGGUGACCCCGAUUCUGGAUCGGGGUCGGGGGUGCGCGGGGCCCGUGCUGGUCCUCCUCUCCGGACGCCGUUCCGCCCAGAGUCCGAUGGCGGCGGCCGCGCGGAGGGGCCCGGCUCCGAUGCCAACGCUGAGGCACAGGGUGGUUGAGUAUUUGUCCAAAGUCACGCAGCGGGUAAGACGCAUCCCUGAGGACCGAGGCCCGGGUGGUGUGAGGCCCUUGAGCGGCCUUUGUGGCCCAACACUGUUGCCUGCCUCUCCCGGCCUUGCUUUUCUGUAGGUUCCUGUUGGCUGCAGAUUUGCUUCCAGACCGUGCAGAGGGUCGUGAGGGGUGUCCCUGCUCAGUUCCCAUCUACGUGGGCUCCGGGAUUCUGUGACUCUUUCCCCACUACUCUCCCCACCCCUCCAUCCUAGAUCCCUGGACGGUGAUCACCUAAGGUCGGGGGCCUGAGUCCAGACUGGGAAUUUUACGGAUUGGUUCCCAUUCCUGGCAACCAGUGGCAUUAGGUUUAUAAGGCAUUACAUUCACAGUGAGAAACAUUGGAAAACGCUAGAGGUGAGGCUGGGCCAGGAACGCUCACACAACUUUAGGUCUCUGUUGUGUGUGGUGGAAACAGCAGGAAAUAGAAAUUGGAGCUGGAGUAGUGGCCAGGAGCGGACGUGGGGAGGUGGCAGCCACAAUAGUCAGGUGAGUGUUGGUGGCGGCUGCAGAGGCGGGAGAUAUAUUGGAAUCUGUGUCUGCUUAUCAGUAGGUCUGAGCAGACUUUGUGACGUGGAGGGCGGGAGAAAGAAGUACAAGAGUCCGCGGUGACUCCGAGAUGUUUGGUCUUAGCAGCUAGAAGCGGGCACGUAGCACCAGGGCCGACUCGGUGGUAAGAGUCAUUUUCGGCGGGAAUACCAGGAGUCGGGUUUGGGCUGUGUCAAAUGAGAUGCCUCAGGGACCCUCAAGUGGAUGUGUCGAGGGGGCGCCCAGACACGCAAGUCUGGAGCUGAGGUGAAGCGCUCAGAUUGGAGACGCCCAUGGUACGGACGGUGCGUGGAUCAGAAUGGAGCCGUGGAUCGGAUUUGGCAGGAGCAUCUUCAGGCCCUGGUGGCGAUGCCGUAUGCUCCGGGCUCCCCAGGCUCCUGUUCUGACCUUUGCUGGGACCAGGAGAUUAGCUCAAGAUCACACGGGGUCUUCGGGGAGAAUUGGCCAGCCUCGUGUGAGAGACGGGUGGGCUUCGGCUCACAGAAGUGUCAGAGGAAACUGAGACGGGGCUGUGUGACCUUUGAGGACGUGGCUGUCCGCUUCUCCUGGGAAGAGUGGGGUCUCCUUGAUGAAGCCCAGAGACUCCUGUACCGUGAUGUGAUGCUGGAGAACUUUGCACUGAUGGCCUCUCUGGGACUCGCGUCUUCCAGGACUCAUGAAAUUACCCAGUUGGAGUGGUGGAGACAGCCCUCCUUGCCUCCCCGUGGAGUCAUGACUGCAGCCAUGCCAAGAGGUUUGCGGCGUAGAGCAGAGGUCGAGGAAGCGCCUUCUGGGCAGAGUGUUUAUGUAGAAGGAGUGUUCAGAGCAAAACUUCAACAGCAGAAGCUGCACUGUGGAGAGAGAUCUUUAAGGAGAGAAGAGGGCGGGGAGGGUGGGAAGGACUUCCCAGUUAGUGCUGGUUUUCUUAACCAUCAGGUGACCCACAGUGGAGGGAAGCCACAUAGGAGCACCGAAGGUGGGGAGGCCUUCCAGCCUGGAAAAAGGCAUUACGAAUGCAGUGAAUGUGGGAAAGCCUUUGGUCAGAAAUACUUACUUGUUCAGCACCAGAGACUACAUACUGGAGAAAAGCCUUAUGAGUGCAGUGAAUGCGGGAAGUUAUUUAGCCAUAAAUCAAACCUUUUUAUACACCAAAUAGUUCACACUGGAGAAAGGCCUUACGGGUGUAGGGAGUGUGGAAAAUCCUUUAGCCGCAAUGCCGACCUCAUUCAACACCAGAGAGUCCACACUGGAGAAAAGCCUUUUACAUGCAGUGAAUGUGGAAAAGCUUUCAGGCAUAAUUCCACGCUGGUUCAGCAUCACAGGAUCCACACUGGAGUGAGGCCUUAUGAGUGCAGCCAAUGUGGGAAAUUCUUUAGCUUUAACUCAAGCCUCAUGAAACACCAGAGAGUUCACACUGGAGAAAGACCUUAUAAGUGCAGUGAAUGUGGGAAAUUCUAUAGCCACAAGUCAAGCCUUAUUAAUCACUGGAGGGUUCACACUGGAGAAAGGCCUUACGAGUGCAGCGAAUGUGGGAAAUUUUUUAGCCAAAGCUCUAGCCUCAUGCAACAUCGAAAAGUUCACACUGGAGAAAAGCCUUUUAAGUGCAACGAAUGUGGGAGAUUCUUCAGUGAGAAUUCCAGCCUCGUUAAACACCAGAGGGUUCACACUGGAGUGAGACCUUAUGAGUGCAGGGAAUGUGGGAAGUUUUUUCGCCACAGCUCCAGCCUUGUUAAACACCGGAGGAUUCACACUGGAGAAAUGCCUUAUGAGUGCAGUAAUUGUGGGAAAUCCUUUAGCCAGCGUUUCAACCUCAUUCAACACCAGAAAGUUCACAGUGGAGAAAGGUCUUGAAUGCAACUAAUGUGGAAAAGCCUUUUACCAAAGGUCUGCUCUGAUUCAGCAGUGGAAGCUUCAGUCCAGAUAGGCUGAUGAAUACAGUCAAUGUGAAGAGUCUUUUGGCUUCAGCCACAGACUUAACCUUGUCGGGCAUCAGAACGUUCACACUGGAGAGAAGCUUUAGGAGUGCAGUGCACGUGUGGUCUCACGGACAUCCUAACUUCAGACAGAGGAGCUCUGCACGUAGCCUUUGUGAGGGAGCCGCAGUGGACCAUCACUCAUCCAGCUAUGCUGACAUACUGCCUCCUGAGAAGGUCGGCCUCUGCCUCGGAGCUCCAGGAAGAGGGAGUCCCGUGUUCCUGUAUGUAUCCAUUUGGAACAGAGUUUCUACCUCUGUCACUGGAAUGGGGAGAGGUAAUGGUCUUGGUUCAGAUGUGACUGGCUCUUGCUGUUCUUACUGAAUAUUAGGUGUUCUUGAGGAAAUGUUUCCUUGUUUGCAGUAUACCCUUAGGACCAUUGCCAGAGACUUUAAGUUGUGUUUUUAUAAUUUUCCCCAAUUUUAAUAAGCAGGCCCACAAAGUUCCUCACACUGUCAUGCAGGAAGUUGAUCUAUUUAACUUUGUAAGAACUUGCCAAGUUGUGUCCUAGAUAGCUGUGACAUUUCAUAUUUCCUCCUAGAGUAUAUUCGAUUUCCAGUUUCUUCACAUUAUUGCUGACCUUUGUAUGUAAGACACAGGCCCUUUAUUCAUUUCAGCCACUCUAGUAGGUGUGUGGUUUUACCUUGCAUCUCCAUAGUGAGUCAGUGUUGAGCAUUAUUCUCUGUGUUUAUCUGCCACCCAUGUAUCUUCCUUAGGGAAUUGUCUGUGGUUUUUUGCCUACUUUUAGAAAAAUUGGUUGGUUUCUUACUAUUUUGUGAUUUGAUAUAUUCUACAUAGAUAGAAGUUCCUUAUUUGGUGUAUCUUUACCAGUGUUCUCUCACAGUCUGUGCCUUUGAUUUUCAUUUCUUAACAGUCUCUUCCCUAGGGCAGAAUUUAUUAAUUUUCAUGAAGUUCAAUUUAUUUGUUAGUGACUGCACGUUUGGUAUUCUCUUCUUUUUCUUUUAUGGUACUAUAUCUUGUCUGUAAAUAAAAGUCUUUCUGAGUAUACUGGAGUCUUAUCAGUCUUUAUCCAAUCUUGUGAAAUUUUUGUAGGUUUAAAUGUAGAUGAAGAAUUCAAUGUAUGUAGAUGUACCUGUGUACAUAACCCCUAUCUCUUCUCGGCCUAGAAAGCAGUGGCACUGCAGUAGACAUCAGCAUAUUUAGUGGCCAAUUAUUGUCUUGUAAAUGUAAUUUUUCAAUAAAAAGAACCCACACUCGGAAAAGAGGCUAUGUUCAGGUUGGGGGCAGGAAAGGUACAUGAGCCUAGGAAAUAUUCUUCAAUUAGCCAAGAAAUGCUCACAGAAUGAUGUUGAUGUAUUAGCUUUCCAUUGCUGUCCUAACACAUCACCACAGACCUAUGGCUUAAACCACACACAUUUAUUAUAGCACUGUGGGUUGUAAGUCCUACCCAGGACCUACACAGGACAGGUCUCAAUGGGCUAAAAUCAAGGUGUUGGCAGGGGAUGUGUUCUUUUCUGGAGGCUCUAAAACAGAUUGUUUCCUACUCUUUUGAGUUGUUGGACAAUUUAAGUUCCUUGUGGUUGUAGGACUGCUGUCCCUGUUUUCUAUGUAGCUGUCAGCUUAGGGUCAGCCCUGGAACAUUUUAGAACUUUUACAGCAUAUGUAAAGCUGAAACAAUACCAAUUGUGCACAAGUCUUCCAAAACAAGGUUCAUACAUUUCCCAACUAAUUAAGUGAACCCAAUAAUAACAUGAUACUACAUAUGGAGAAUGAUACUAAGACAAAUUACAGAGCCAAUACCCACAUUAACACAGAUGCAGCAAAACCUUAACAAAAAUAUUUUGGGGGUUGGGGAGAGGAUGAUGUGGGAGAGUAGGAGGACUCUAGGUUUGCCUUGUCCCACGAAUACAACUAAAUUAUCAAAUCAUCCUAAACACUCCAGAAAUCAACUUAAAGACUGGCAGGCAGAACAAACUCCACAACUGAAGGGAGAGAAGAGGCCACAUCAAAGAAGGUAGGAAGUGUGGAGAUGUGGUCUGGGAGAGAAAUGGAUCGUGGCUGACAUUUGCGGGGAGAGAGCCAUGGUCACAGAGAAGGGCAAGAGACAGACUAGCACAUGGGAAAGCAUGGGGAAAAUGAAUCCCCAUAGCAAUUAGCUUGGAAAGCAAGAGGGGCCAAAUUUCAUGAGUACUUGCAUCCAGUAGGGCUUAAAGCCUGGAGUUCUAAAAGUCAGCAGGAGG